CCAACCACGUUCGCCUCCUCCCACCAGCUCUGACAUCCCAACCCAGUGACCACCCUCCUCCCAGGUGGCCUGACGACCCUCCCCAGCGGUGGUUUCCUCUGGCGACUCCAGUCCUCUACCCGCGGUGGUUUCCUCUGUCAAGCCCAGUCCUCAUGGCGGUUUCCUUUGAAAACCCAGGUCCCCUCUCGUAUGAGUCCAGCGACAACAUGCUUCCGCGCAGGCGAUGAUGGGGCUGAGAGCUCCAUCAUGAGGAAGCUGAAGGAGAUCCUCAAUGAUCUCUUCUCCGUCCCCGGCGCUCCGCUUCUCUUCCAAAGGUACCUUACUUUAGCGCCUGCUCCAAUCCCGGUGAGGAUUCAGGCGGUAGAUCCCCUUUGUGCCAACCCCAAUUCCCUUCCUUCUAGGAGGAUCAAUCUUCUAUACCGGUGAUAGUGCUCUAAUGGUAGCAUGUUGGACUGGUUCUGCCUCUCUGACCCCAUGUGAACUCACGAGACCAUCGCCUCCAUAGGCAUCGAUGAUGACUCGGACUAAGUAGCAUAGGGGAUUGCGGUUCUGGUGGAUGAAUGGUGCCGUGCAUGAUCCCCCCCUCCCCGACUCAUGUAUUUCAGAGAACUUUUUCUAUGCAGGAUAUGAUAAUGUUGUCGACGCCUAUCCACCGCAGGGAUUACUGAAUGAGAUCCUAACGGGAGAAGAGUGGGUAUUGAAAACUUCUGUCACCAAGAUUAGUAGUUUGCUAAAUGUGUGUUGUUUGCAAGUAAUGGUGUUGUGGUUGUUCAUUGUGCCGUAUUCUUUAGUAACUGCCAGGUUGUUUCUAGUCCAUGUCAUGGCUCACGGCAUGGAUGCACCUGGGCAACCGGCCAUGCAGCAGGACGUCUUUAGUGCUGUUUUCAACCUGGUUUCAAGAGAAGAUGGCAAGAACAACAAAGGAGCAACGCAGGGGACGUACCAGAUUCUUCCUAAAUGUGUGGUGUAACGUUUGAGAGGAUAUAAUCGUUGUACGUUCCAAGGGGAAAUGCCUUCUAGGGAGAACAGUCUGGUGCAAAUUGAAGAGCUCUGAUAUAGUCUUUUUUAGCUGGAUGUUGUUUUUUAGUUGGUGAAAUGUUUUAGCUGGAUGUUGUUUCAGUAGUUGUAUCUAUAUAUAUUGUAAGGUAACCAAAUCAAUGUACUGCUAAGUGUUCAA